UUUUGUUCCCAAAUGCUCCGACUGCAGCAGCAGGUGCCGAGGCUGACUCUGACGCACGCCACCGCGUCGCUCGCUGCCGGCUUCCAUUCCACGGCCACCUGUAGCGCUGGAUCUGAAUCCGGCUCUGGCUCUGCAUUUGCAUCUGCAGCUGUGAGGGACGAGCCAAAGUCCAAUGCCACUCCGCAGCAUGUGCGCCAACCCGCUGCUCCGUCUGCUACCGUCCGCGCGGCGCAGACAACCUCGCCGUUGAGUGCCAAUGAGCACAGUAGUCAACUCCGCGCAGAUGAGCGGCAGCAGUCACAGACGAGGCAGGCCGCGGACAGCGCCUUGCGCACGCUCGUCGACCUCGCGUCAGCCACGCACAAGAAGCGCCGCGGAGCAGCAGCAGCAGCAGCAGCAGCAGCGCAAGCCAGGCAGAAUAGUGCUAAUGCUGGCCGCAGCCAGCAACUCACGGCGCUCGAGCGGUUCAAGCGCCGGUAUGGCGACCAAGUGGACGAGGACGGAUUUUUGCUGGAGCCGACCGAGGACGAUCGCAAGCAAUUUGACGCCAUCGUGGAGGCACUGGGCAAAGUUGCUCAGCACAAGGCACUGUCGGAGAAGCACGCUGAGCAACUCGAGCGCCAGCAAAUGAUUGACCGCGUGGACAAAAACCCUGCGCGUGCGCAAAGCGCUCAGUUGCCGCUCGGCUCUGGCGAUGACCAAGACCCGCGCAUCCAAAAGUUGCUGAACAAGAUGAGCCACAAACCUCAGCUGGUCGAUUCUGAGCUGUUGCGACAAUCUGCAGAGGCUGCAGGCCAAGCUCUGAACGUCGUGACCAAGUCAGCGCGCCCCGCGCACGUUGCCGCGAUGGAUGCCUUCCGGCCAACAGCAAUCACCGAGGCAAUUGCAACCUUGGCAGAGCAAUUUAAACGACCGGCAAACCCGUCACAGCCGCGGCGGCCUGUCAUCCCAGCUCCGAUGCAAGAGCCAUCCACCGUUCAGCCGCGGUCCAAAGAGACAACAACGCCCGAGCGUGACGCUGAGCCAACACCAGACUCCCCUGCGCAAGCACCCACAAUCCCACGAGGUCGAGGACGGCGACGGAGAGGCGUGAAAGAAUCGCAACCUGUUCACGAGCCGGACGAUCUCACCAGCCCUGUAGAUCCCAGAGUGCAACGAUUGGUUGACCAGGAACUCUUCAAAAUCUUUGGCCCAGGAAAGGAUGGACAAAGUGCUGCUACUCCGCUGGAUGAGAGCGACAGCCAUCCUGAUGAAGAAAUGCAAAUGAUGGAAUCCGCCGCUGAAGACGAGGUGCCUCGCCGAGGUCGGCUCACGCGCCAGAAACUGGCAAAGCUGGCUCGAUUGGAGCGACUGCAAGAGCGCGAAGCGCAGCGGCAGGAACGCUUGGCGGCAGAAUAUGAUGAAGCUGACAACGUGGACGCUGAAGAGCCCGAGAUGGAGCACAACGGAGAGGCAGAAGAGCCAGACAACCCCUUUGAUGCUGAGGAGCAACUGCAAGCAAUGCACCAGCAGCUUGCCAAAGCCCGGCAGGUGAAAACGCGACAGAUUCGAGCGCGCAUUGCCGCUCUCCGCCGUCAAGGGCCCGACCAACCGAGCGAGGACACUCCCGCCGCAGCUCGCGAAGCGUAUGCGGCUGCACUGGCCGCCGCCGUUCCGAAGGCAAGCAUGGCGCCCGAGCUGGACGACACGACCAACGAGCCAAUGCAUGAUGACGAGCUCGCGGAGGAACUGACAAUGGCCGAACGCGACUUGCUCUCAGUGGAGCGCUCUGAGCAACUUCGUGAACGUCGCGCGAACGCCGACGACCCUACUUCGAUGAGCUUUAAGCGACGGGUCGAGCAAGAGUACAUGGAUACCUUUGAUCUGACUGGAGAUUGGUCGCUGCCUGUCCGCGCUCAACGAGAAGUUCGUCGCGCAAUUGUCGAGCGAAUUCGCAACGAAGAAAAGUCGGGCAUGCAACUGCGACUCGGCAAGCUCCGACUCGCUGAAAGCGAAGAGGCGCUCUCCCUCCAGCGAGCCAAGGAUCGCCGCAGCCAAAUGAUUGCCAACGCGUUGCUGAAGGCAACGCUUAAAAUCAUUGUUCACGACUCGCGCAUUCCUGCAGCGCUCCGCCAAGCUGUUGAAAAGUCGCAGAUGGAAAUUCGCGGUGUUCAUGUUUCGCCGGAUUACCGAUUGGCCAAGUUGUACUGGCGUCCGACAAGCUUGAGCUCACCAGCUCAGGUUGAUACCAUCCGAGACCUGUUGACCGCAAACACCUCGCACCUGCGCUUUGCAGUUCAAGAAAAGCUCAAUCUCAAGUACUCGCCGGAGCUGCGGUUUGUGCUGGACAGCGCCGAAGAGGACGUGGACCAGGUCAGUGCGAUUCUUGAUCGCGCUACUCGCGAAGACCAUGACGCCAGCAGCAAGCCCAAGCUUGCUUCUGAUCCCUCUCUAGCUAUCGGUUCCUUCCGCCGUCUCUCCACUCCUCGGCAAUCGUAGCAUCAUCAAUCUGUUAAACUUUUUGAGGCCUUGGUCCACCGUUGAGUGGGUCUUCUGCAUUGUAAUUUUUGGAUGUAUUCCUGGCGAUUCUAUUGAUGCAAUCAAUCAGC